GGCGGAAGACUAGAAAAAGAACUGGAGUAUACCAGAAAAACUAUCGGAGAAGGAAGUGGAAAUUCAAACGAAUUAGUUAUACAAACACCAAAGAAAGGAACAAAUAUAUUAACUAAAGAAUCACUCUUAUUACAUCUUGAGGCUGUGAAGAAAGCAACAGAAAUCAGUGUCAAGGUAGACGGACAUACAUGGAAGUUUAGUGAUCUGUGUCAUGCUGCUAAUUUUCAAGUGCUAGAGUAUGAUAUAUUAGAUAUUAUGUUAGAAAAAAUUUUACCAUGUAUUAUUGUGACACCAUUAGAUUGUUUCUGGGAAGGAUCUAAAUUACUGGGAGCAUUCAAUAUGCCCAAUGAACUAACCUGGAAGAAUUUGAAUCCUAAAAAACUGAUUGAUGAUUUACCUAAAACUUUCCGAGUAGACGUAAUGACUGAGCUGUUUGAAAGGGCGGGAAUAUCUUCAGCUUAUCAAGAGUUAGAAUGUUUAGACCCCAGAGAUCCAGAAUGUCCCAAAACUGCUAAAAAUUAUUACACAAAACAGUCUCCUGAUAUCGGUGCUGAAUUGACCAAUGGCUGUCAUGGGUUUGCCAAAAGAUUUAUGCAUUGGGAUGAAGACAUGAUAGUUGGUGGUGUCCGAAAAAAUAAAACUGGACAUAUUGUUCAUGCUGAAGCCUUACAGUCCAUAGUGCAACUAAUGGGUGAAAAGAGUCUGUAUGAAUACUAUUUAGAUCAAAGUAAAGUUCAAAGUAUUAGAUGGUCUCGAGCGAAAGCCAAAGAAAUCUUAGAAACAUGGCAAAGAAACUUUUCAUUGAUUAUCAACCAGUUUGGAAAUGACACCAUGCAAGAUAAUGUCUACGCCUUUUCCUAUACUUCAUUACUUGACAUAAUUCGAGAUUUCUCCAGUAUUAGUGUGGUGCGAGUUGUUAUGGGCUAUGUACUUAUGUUUUUAUAUGCAUUAAUUUCCUUAUUAAAAUGGAAUGAUGCUGUUAAUUCUCAGAGUGGUAUUGGUAUGGCAGGAGUAUUAUUGGUAUCAUUAUCAGUAGCAGCAGGACUGGGAAUCUGUUCUGUUAUUAAUAUUAAAUUUAAUGCCUCUACCACACAGAUUAUUCCAUUCUUGGCUCUAGGCCUUGGAGUAGAUGACAUGUUCCUGCUAGCCCAUACCUAUGCAGAACAUGCCAAGGAUAUUCCAUACUCGGAACAAACUGGAGAAUGUUUGAAGAGAACAGGUGUUACUGUUUUAUUGACAUCUUUAAGUAACAUGCUAGCCUUCUUUACAGCCGCCAUUAUACCAAUACCUGCCCUUAGAGCCUUUUCACUACAGGCAGCCAUAUUGGUUAUUUUUAACAUGGGUUCAGUUCUGUUGAUAUUCCCAGCUAUUGUUAGUUUAGAUCUUGUGAGAAGAGGAGAUAAAAGACUAGAUGUCUUCUGCUGUUUUCAAAGUUUUGGUACAACAGAAGUAUUUGAACUACAGCCACAGAUCAGACAUGAAAUUGAUUCUGAUGUUGAACAAGGUCCCCCACCAUGUUAUAGUCCCCCUCCUAGUUACAGUUCCACCAUCAUGCAUGAUACAGUCACCAGAUCCUCUCCUGAUGGUACUCAUGCUAUUACAGAGUUAGCACCUAAUGAAGGCAACUUUGUUUCCAGAAAUCCAAAUUUACCCCCAGUAAUUAUGGAUAUUUCAGGGUGUUCAUCUACUACGUCAUCAAGACAGUGUUUAACACCAGAUGACGGUGUUACUUGUAAAGAGAAAUGUGUUCAAGCUCAGAGAGAAUGUCUCACAUGGUCGUUAACAUGUUUAGCUACCAAUUACUAUGGCCCCUUUUUACAGAAAACACCAGUCAAAGUGUUUGUGAUGGUGUUUUUCUUCUUAUUUUUUAUAAUUGGUAUUUGGGGUACAGCUCAAGUUAAAGAUGGUUUAGAUUUAACAGAUAUUGUACCCCGUGAUACACAACAAUUUAGAUUUCUAGAAGCCCAAUCUAAUUAUUUUGGGUUUUAUAAUAUGUAUGCUGUUACUCAGGGAAAUUUUGAUUAUGCCAAAAAUCAGAAAAUGUUAAAUCAGUACCAUGCCGAAUUUAAUUCAGUAAAACAAAUCAUCAAACGUCAGGAUGGAAGUUUACCAACAUUUUGGUUAGAUAUCUUUCGUCAGUGGCUAUUAGAGCUACAGAGAGCGUUUGAUGUUGAUGUACAUAAUGGUUGUAUUAGUAAAGAGAAAUGGUAUAAUAAUGCUACAGAUGAAGGUGUUUUAGCCUAUAAAUUACUGGUACAAACUGGAGAUAUUGAUGAACCAAAUAAUAAAGAACAGAUUUUUAAAAUUCGUCUAGUCGAUAAAGAAGGAAUUAUAUAUCCUCCUGCUUUUUAUAACUACCUCACAGCCUGGGCUGCCAAUGAUGUCAUCGCCUAUACAUCAACCAUGGCUAAUUUCAAACCAGAACCUCAAUCAUGGCUUGAUGAUCCGAAUGAUGACAAUCUAAUCAUACCAAAGUCACAGCCAUUUAUAUAUACUCAAAUUCCUUUUUAUCUUACAAACUUGUCUACAACUGAAGAAAUUAUAUCUUUAAUUAAUGAAAUCCGUUCUAUCUGUGAUAAAUACUCUGAAAAGGGCCUUCCAAAUUAUCCAAGUGGUGUACCAUUUACCUUUUGGGAACAGUAUAUAGAUUUAAGAUUCUAUAUGAUGUGGGCUAUAAUCUGUGUUUUAGUGGUAACAUUUCUAGUUAUAACAAUAACAUUAAUGAAUCCAUGGUUAGCUUUUAUUGUGGUGGUGACAUUAAGUUCUAUUUUAAUUGAAUUGUUUGGUUUUAUGGGUAUGGUAGGAAUUAAACUAAGUGCUGUACCAGCAGUCAUAUUAAUAAUGGCAGUUGGAAUUGGUAUAGAGUUUACAUUACACAUUGCAGUGGGUUUCAUAACUGGAAUAGGCAAUAGAAAUCGUAGAAUGAUGAUGUCAUUACAACAUACCUUUGCUCCUGUUGUACAUGGUGCUAUAUCUACCUUAUUAGGCAUUAUUAUGUUAGUAGGGGCGGAGUUUGAUUUUAUAGUCAAGUAUUUUUUCAAUGUUUUAUCAGCUUUAAUUGUUAUUGGUUUAUUGAAUGGAUUAAUCCUGUUACCUGUUUUACUCUCUGUCUUUGGUCCAAAUGGAGAGAUUAUACCUAAAGAAAAUCCCAAUAGGAUAGCAACACCAUCCCCAGAACCUUCUCCCAGAGUC